AUGCGUAGAGAAGUUGGCAUGGUUGUACACUACUUUGUGCCGUUUCGAAUGACCUCUCGCCGCCUUUCCAGCGUAUCUUGCUCGCCCUCCCGUUCCGAUCGUCCUCGCGCCGUCCGUCCUGACGCCGUCCCGACGACCGUCGCGUCGCGAUCCAGUCGUCCGUACCGUCCCCUCGAUAUCUCUCCGUGCUUCCCGUCGCCUCGCAGUCUCUCCCUUCCCAUCCCGUCGCCUCGCAACCUCUCCCUUCCCAUCCCGUCGCCUCGCUCUCUCUCCCUUCCCAUCCCGUCGCCUCGCAAUCUCUCCCUUCCCAUCCCGUCGCCUCGCUCUCUCUCCCUUCCCAUCCCGUCGCCUCGCAAUCUCUCCCUUCCCAUCCCGUCGCCUCGCUCUCUCUCCCUUCCCAUCCCGUCGCCUCGCUAUCUCCCCCUUCCCAUCCCGUCGCCUCGCUCUCUCUCCUUUCCCAUCCCGUCGCCUCGCAAUCUCUCCCUUCCCAUCCCGUCGCCUCGCUCUCUCUCCCUUCCCAUCCCGUCGCCUCGCAAUCUCUCCCUUCCCUUCCCGUCGCCUCGCUCUCUCUCCCUUCCCAUCCCGUCGCCUCGCUAUCUCCCCCUUCCCAUCCCGUCGCCUCGCUCUCUCUCCCUUCCCAUCCCGUCGCCUCGCAAUCUCUCCCUUCCCAUCCCGUCGCCUCGCUCUCUCUCCCUUCCCAUCCCGUCGCCUCGCUAA